AUGGACGACCUGCCUGCCGUCGUGCUGCUGCACGUGCUGCGCUUUCUCGACCACUCGGCGCUGCAUGCAGCCGAGCAGACGUCCCUCACGUUUCUGACGCUCACACGCGAUGCCCAACUAUGGAGGGACCUGGUCAUACCCCACGUGAGCUGCAGUGAAGCUCUACAGUCCCAAGACGCGUGGAAACCCAUGGCGUGUCUAGUCCAGCGUCGGGCUCUGGAUGACCAGCAGCUACUAAGCGGCAUCCAGUCCUUCUCCUCGGCUGACAGGUCGAGUGAGUCGCCGGUGAAUACACUCACCCCUUCUCGGUGCUGGUUGGAGCUCCGAGUGCCAGACGUCGAGCAAGAGACAGAGCUGAGGACACUGGGCGAGCGCAUCCAGCACCGCUGCGGCUGCUCGGCAGGUCAGUCGUGUUACUGGAGCAGCUCGGCGUCAAUGGAUCCGAACGCGACCGAGUUCAUUGACUAUUCCCUGAGUGGUCCUUGCGUCGUCGCGGCUGUGCAGAUUGUCCCGUACCGAGUGUUUUGGCAUCCAGGUAGUCCCACAUAUGCACCGCAGCGCGUUAAAUUCGAGUUCUUUGACGUUGAUAACCACAUGACGACGGCAUCGCAGGGGGAAAGAAGAGUUUGGACGCUGCAUGAAGCGACUGUGGAGCCGUUUUAUGCCUCGCACGACUACCAGGUCAAGAAUGACAUGACGCUGCAGGAAUUCGUGCUGCCUCGAAAGGUCACAGCAAGUGAAAAGACCGUGCUGCGUAUCACGCUGAUGGGAAGACACCAAGCGCAGACAUUUGAGCUUCCACAAGACGUUGCCAACGAAGACGACGACCGGCGGCCGAAAUACUAUUGCUGUCUAAGCCACGUGAACAUAUGCGGCGUACCGUGGAAAUCCCUGCCACCGAAAACUGCUUCAGACUUGGCAGCUUCGCCGUUGUACAAGAUGAGUCCGAACCUACGCGUGGCAGCACUGACCGGGCUCGCAAUGUACAUCACUGCCUGUUACGAAGGAUACGUUGGCCGCACUCGACGAUGGGAGUGA